GCGUCCCCCACGGACAGUCGAAACUCGAAAGGAUCAGUCGUAUGAAGAACGUCUCCGCGUGUGGUGUUGCUGUCGGUGCGUUUAGCGUGUUGUUUUUAUCGCGUCAAUAUCAUCUGUGACCAUUCAAUUGCCGGAUACUCUUGUGCUAUUUGUACGUUUUGACUGUUAUUUGACAAUUACCAUAAACUAGUGGAUUCAAAUUUUCAUAAACCGGUUAGAGAGCUCUCGCGCGGUGUGGAUUAUGCUAACGGGACCUGUGUAAAAGUGAUUGAUAGAAUACGCAACAAAAAGGAGAAAUAUUUGAGUGAUAAAUUAUUCGAUAACAUAGUAUAUAAUAUGAUAGUAGGUGGGGGUGGCGCGAGUUUGUGUGUGUCCGUAUGAGAGUGCGUGUGCGCGUGGUGCGAUGAAGGAUUGUGGUGACUGGUGUGCUGUGACGUCAUCACUCGUAGGACACCAUGGUGCAUCGUGGUGCUCCGGUGGCAGAACCAAGAUGGCGGUGUUGGUGUUGCUGCUAGUCGCUGCAAAUGCUCCAUGUGUUACAGGUCAAUACCGUUCGCCACGCAUCACAGAGCACCCGGCCGACGUGGUGGUGCCGAAGAACGAGCCGGUGACGCUGAACUGCAAGGCGGAGGGCCGACCGCAGCCGGACAUCGAGUGGUGGAAGGAUGGCCAGCGACUGGUGCUGGGGCCCGGCACCCACCGCAUCCUGCUCCCCACCGGCAGCCUCUUCUUCCUGCGGCUGCAGCAUGGCCGCAAGGAGCACGACGAUGGCGUUUACUGGUGCGUCGCACGCAACACUGCCGGCUCCGCCAGCAGUCGCAAUGCCACGCUUCAGGUUGCAGAUAGCUCUAAACCGAUUGUGAUGAAGAUGAAAAUCAUAGAAUGGCUGAUACAAACCAUAUGCGCGUGUUCGCAGCGUUAUACGCCGGUAGGUCCACGUCUCAAAUGCUUGAAUUCUGAUCCCACAUUCCUUAUUCAGUGA